CGCCCCGCUCGCCCUGCGCUGCUGCCAUCCUUUGUCUGCCGUGCCGCUUCCCCCUCCUCCCUCGCUCCUUUCCUCCCUCCCUCCCUUCCUUCUCCCUCCCCGCGUUCCCGUCUCUCUCUCUCUCCCAGGCUCCAAACGCUGCUGCAGCUGCAGGUUUGUAAAUACUGGACCAACACUCACACGCACACACACACAACAUGGCUGACGCUCGCCCUGCUCCUCCAGCAGGGUCUCCGCCUUCUCCCUCAGUCUCUGCCGCUUAGCCGCUCCUCCGUGCAGGCUUUUGUUUCUUCCCCCCCUCCCCCCUCAUCGCACAUCCAAAAAAAAAAAAAAAAAGGAGGAAAAACAAUUCACCCUCCUUAUUUGCGCGCAUGGCGGGAUUUCAAGGAGUACUGUAAUUGAAAGUGCAUCCUUCUGCAUUUGAAGAAGUAUAAAUUCGUGAUUGAAUGGUGGAUUAAUAAGUAGUCUAAUUCUAAGAGUGAGAAGAUAUCCUGGGAGUUGGGAAGAACUGGAUUUUCACCCUAGUCCAGCAGCUUUGCUGCUCACUUAAACACAGAUGAAUGAAGACCCCAUUUGGAAAAUCACCAGGUCAGCGGUCCAGAGCUGAUGCAGGUCAUGCAGGAGUGUCUGCCAGCAUGAUGAAGAAGAGGACUUCCCACAAAAAACAUAGAAACAAUGUGGGACCCAGCAAACCUAUUUCUCAGCCACGAAGAAACAUUGUAGGCUGCAGGAUACAGCAUGGAUGGAAGGAAGGGAGUGGACCUGUAACGCAAUGGAAGGGCACAGUUCUUGAUCAAGUUCCUGUAAAUCCCUCUCUCUAUCUCAUCAAGUAUGAUGGAUUUGACUGUGUGUAUGGACUAGAACUUCACAAAGAUGAAAGAGUUUCAGCACUUGAAGUUCUUCCAGACAGAGUUGCUUCAUCUCGAAUUAGUGAUGCCCACCUGGCAGACACAAUGAUUGGUAAAGCUGUGGAACAUAUGUUUGAGACAGAGGAUGGCUCAAAAGAUGAAUGGAGGGGGAUGGUUUUGGCUCGAGCUCCUAUUAUGAACACGUGGUUUUAUAUUACCUACGAGAAAGAUCCCGUCUUGUACAUGUACCAACUCUUAGAUGAUUAUAAAGAAGGUGACCUUCGCAUUAUGCCUGAUUCAAAUGAUUCACCUCCUGCAGAACGGGAACCAGGUGAAGUUGUGGACAGCCUGGUAGGCAAACAAGUGGAAUAUGCCAAAGAAGAUGGCUCAAAAAGGACUGGCAUGGUCAUUCAUCAAGUUGAAGCCAAACCAUCUGUCUAUUUCAUCAAGUUUGAUGAUGAUUUCCAUAUUUAUGUCUACGAUUUGGUGAAGACAUCCUAGACGUCAUCAUGAACUUUUGCCAAAUUUGUGGAACUAUUAAAUGUAAAAUUUGUAGACACAAAGACUUGACUGCUUUCCAGUUUAAUGAAAGCUUAAAUGUCCCUGCGAACCCACAAUCUCUGCCAGCAAAAAACUGUUUUGUUCUGAGUAAUACAAACAUGACACAUUUUGUGUAAAACAACUCCUUUUCUUGAAGGAAGUCAAUAUGUUUGGGCAGGAGGGAGUUAAAAGCAAAGAACAGCUGCAAAUUCAAGCUGUGUAAAGUUGAUCUAGUAUUGUAAUCAUUAAUCUAAAUUUUUUCAUAGAUUUUUACUUUUUCUUCAGCCUUGCACUCACUUGUUCAACUACCACAUGAAAGUGUAGUUUGAUAUUUGAUACGCCUUCUUUUGUAACAUUAAAUUUAAUUUCCUGGAUACUGGCAGUCCUUGUUUUCAGGGUUGGGACAGAGGUGAUUUUCCUGAAAGGUUUAAACAGUUUGUGCAGCGUCAAGGAGUGCCUAACUCAAGUAACAUCAAUCUGCUGUGUUUCUACCCUUUGUUUCAAAUUUAGCUUUUUAAGAACUUGCAGUAUGUGGAAAUACUUGUGCAUUUUUUUACUAGUCACAGGGCAGUAGGAUAUCAAGUGUUUGAAUUAUGCACCUUUCAGUGAAAAGGCUUUAAACUGUAAAAAUACAUUUAAUCUGUAUAGCCAGUUAAUUAGAAAAUGCAGGUUAAUGGCCCAUAUUUACAAGAUGUAGGAACCAGUAAAAUACAUGCAACAAGGCUGCCUUCAAUCCUAAAUGUUGUACUUCUUUCUUUGUUAUACACACUUCUUAGCAAAACCCAAGUGCUUGGUGCCACAACUUUAACAGUAUAUAUGCUACUUCAGAAGACUUUAGACUACGCAUUGGCAUCAGUAGUCUCAUUUAAUAUCAAAACCUAGCAACCUGAAUGUUUGUGUGUGGACUUAGAAGCCUAACAGUAGUUAAUAUUUUACAUGAUAAGUACAAUGUCACGCCAGGGGAGUGGGAGGGGGUGUCCUCUUGCAUUGAAAAUGUAACUUUGGAGAAGGAGAAGCAUUUUUGUUGCCUUCUGCUCAGUCUGUUGCAUUCCUUUGUGUUGGUUUGCUUUUUAAUCAUUUCGGUUCAAGAAGGCAUCUUCCCAAUUUGUUCUUUUUCUGGCUUUUCCACAUAAGGAGUGUCCGGACAAAUCUACAGUUUAAACCUGUUGUUGCCUUUUGUGGUGUACAUUGUACUUGCUUUGAGGUAUGCUGUUAACAUGAGCUUCAUUCUAUGAACACUAGAGUUCUGCAUGCCAGUGGUGUACUAUCUAAUGGAAGCUGUAGGCAGUCUCAGUGGUUCAGUCAUCUGCAUUAGAUUGUGGAUGUAAAUAGCAGCCCACAACUGCAAAAUCCUUUCACGGUUUUGAUCUUGCAAGAUAGUUGUAAAUGAAACUUAGGGUUUCUUAAGUGUGGCAGCUUUUAAAAGUAUCAGAAACGCAACAACGAUCCAGUACAGCAGCAAAAUUGUCAUGUUACAUUGAGGCAGAGCUCCGCAGGUUUCAAAGAACUGCUUCACAGGAAUACAGUACAUGAAGAGAGACAACACUUGGUGGAAGGAACAAAUACUCUGAUAUCCAACCAUAUGCCAUUAGUGGAAGGAUGCAGGAGAAGUGCUGUUAAUCAGAGGACAGAGGUCUGGAUGACCUCUGUUGUGGGUAUUCUUGAUAUUGAAGACUCAGUGGUUUAAGCCCCUUUCUGUCCAUUUUUUUUGCCUGAUUUCAUAUUUUAGCCUUAAGGCUUGUGCCUCAUUAUGCUGUUGAAUGGUAAUAAAUACUCUCCGUAUAAAUAUGAUACCUUAAUUCUUUGUCCAUCGCUACUAUAUUGCAGUAUGUCCAGUAUUUCAUCAUGGGCAACCAAAGGCAGGCUAUUGUCUUUCAGUGAAUAGCUUCUUGAUGCAGUCCUUAUGCAGUAAGUACCUGAGUCGUAAACGUUUCUUGUGUUUGAACAAAGUGAGCAGAUUUGCAACACAGUGUUUUCAUCCUGCAGAUCUGUUGUGUUUUCUAUUGACUCUUAAGAGUCCUGCAUGUAAAUCUCAAAGCUGAGCCUGGCUCCAUGAGCCCAAGUCGAUAUUUGUGGCACAGGAAUGAGUGAGUGUAUUGACUAUACACAAGAUACAUGAAUUACCUAGUACACUGAACUUUGGGCUAUAUAUCUGAGGAAAAUAAGGUUUGUUUUGAAAUAUCUGAGGUUUAGGUCUACUGGAACAGUUUUAGCAUUAGGCUUGCAUUUGUGGGUUUUCUGCAAGCCUCUUGAAUACACCAUGUAUUCUGCCAAUUAGAGUAUAAUCUACAAACUGUUAAAUUUAAUGGUUGUUUUUCAGUGUCCCCAUUGUCUGUUGUGUGGAUAUUUUCUUUUCACCUUUUUUUCUUUUUUUUUUUUUUUUUUUUUUUUGAUAGCUUAAACCACCUUUUUGAGGCUUGAGACUAAUUCCACUCCCUGCCCAUCUGCUUUGGGCUUUGUUUUAGGCUCAUGUUUCAGAUCUGCAUGCAGUGCUUGCGUUACCCUGGUAACUAAAUGUUGGUUCCUUGUUAUAGGGGUUCAACAUUACUUUCCAAAAUCACAUAGGGCUUGUGAUGGCACAAGCCAUGGAUCUUUGUAUAAAAGUUAUUCAUCUUUCACAUUUACCUGCUGUAGUAUUGUUGUAUAUUGUGUGUGUGCGUGUGUGUGAUGUCAGGCUGCCAUGUAAAACUUUCUAAAAAGGGAAAAAAACACAACUUAAAUGCAGACCAUCCUUUUUUGCAUGCUUAGAGGGUUAGAACAUUCAAUGUAAUGAACUAAAGUUGCAUGUUAAAAUGUUUAGGUUUUUGUUUUGUUCUGUUUUUAUUUUGUGUUCAGUUUUUUGUGAAUUUGCUUAUUGUGUGGUUUAAUGGUUGUUAGUAGGAUUAAAUGCACCGGUGAGACGAGCAUAGUGCCAACGGAAGGUAAUUUUCCAGUUGUAUGUGUCAUACAGCGUUUGAAGGGACCAUGUAUUCUGUUAAAGAAAAAAUAAAAUCUCACUUGAAUAGCAAAGCAUUACAUUCUUCUUCUUUCUUUUGAGUGCCAAACCCUAUAAACUAUGUUGGAGUAAACAUGGGGAAAACCCUUUUUAUUGCAAUAGGUGGAAGCCUUCUCUAAAUGGAUUGUUUAAACAUGGGGGCUUUUAUCGUCAGAGAGAAAUAACUAGUUGCGUCAGGGAAAUUAAUUACAAUAAAAACAGUUUCUGGUUCCUUGAAAAUGCUGUGCAUUUUGUAUUUUACAUCAUUAGUGCAGUUAGGAUGGUUCUUGGUAUGUGUAUAGUUCAGAGGUCUUCGUGUUCACAUUUUCAAAUUAGGUAGUGAAUUCAUCUUUAGAGCUUGGUUUCAUUAUUUUUAUUUUAUUUUGAACAAUGUAGACAGUUCCCUGUUCUCUGCAUUUAGAAGUAUAAACACUUUAAAUAUGUUACUUAAUUCUGUAAGUAAUUUUUAUAAUUAUGAUGUAACUCUAUCCUUAAAACAUUUAAAAUAAACCCUUUAUGUGCAACUUAAGCCUGUAAAUUUGUUCUCAUGAGCAAAAUGUAGUGAUGUGAUUUCCGAUUGUGAAGAAGCAAUUUCUUAAUUUUUUGUAAUUAAAAGGAUUUGUUAUUUUAAUGAUGA